AUGUCUUCAUUCUUCACUGCUCCAGCCUCACAACGGAAGCGUAAGAGAGCGAACGAAAGCGCGGGCAAAGCCAGGAAACGACGUGAGGUGGACAAGCACGAGGCGCGGGACGAACAAGACGAAGUCUCGCUCCGAAAGCAGACUAAACCUCGAGAUACAGAUCGGGAUGAGUCUAUAUCUGGAAGCGAAUCAGAUGAUGAAGUUGAACCUGACACUGAUGACGACUCUGAGGCUACUUCUGAAGAAGGCGAAACGGCCGCGGAACGGCGUGUGAGACUCGCUCAAAGAUACCUUGACAAUAUCAGGCAGGAAGUGGAUGAUGUCGGAUUCGACGCCGAGGACCUUGACCGAGAUCUGAUUGCGCAAAGACUGAAAGAGGACGUUGACGAAGCAAAGGGCAGGCAAUACAGACUGAUCGCUUCGAGUCUGGACUUUGCCAGUGCAACCCACACGCUUUUCCGGGCGAACACAGAGAGCACCACCGGGGUGGCAGUGUGCCGACCAUAUGUCUAUACUGUGAGCAAGGACAAGACUUUGAUCAAAUGGCAGCUCCAGCCUGCAUCUUUCCCCUCCGGUGAUAAGGGUUCCACAGCACCACCACGACGACAACCGAAACAGCUUGCAUACGUUCGAGGCAUCAAGAUCAAAGCUUCGGCCCCUCAACAACAUGGUCACACAGGUGCGAUCCUGGCAGUUGCGGCUUCACCGGAUGGGAAAUACGUUGCUACAGGAGGCGCGGACAAGAAGCUCAUCAUCUGGUCUGCUGAAGAUCUGCGCCCACUCAAGACAUUCACCACCCAUAGGGAUGGAGUUACUGCACUCGCUUUUGCUCCAAAUUCUACACAGUCUGGAUUUGGAGCACAACUUUUCAGUGCCAGCAUGGAUCGAUCAUUGAAGACCUACAGUCUAGCGGGAGAGGAAAGCCUGGCCUACGUCGAAACACUAUUUGGUCAUCAAGACCACAUUGUGGGUGUUUCUGCUGUUACGGUGGACCAAUGUGUCACGGUUGGGGCUCGAGAUCGAAAGGCUUUGUGGUGGAAGGUUGUGGAUGAAUCGCUCACCAAAUUCCUGGGCGAUAGUUCGAAACAUGACGCGUACCAGACCGGUAGCCUUGACUGCGUGGCAGCACUGCCUCCUCAAAAUUUUGUGACAGGCUCUGAUUCUGGUGCCAUCAGUUUGUGGAAUGUCCAUAAAAAGAAGCCACUUUUCACCAUCCAGACGGCCCACGGUGUGGACGAGCCGCCUUCUCUUGAAGAAGUGACUUCAGAAAUCGAUCCCAAGGUGAUCGAAAGGCUCAAAAAAGCUGAUAAGCGGAGGCCGAUUCCGCGAGCGAUUACUGCUUUGGCAGCUCUGCCUGGGACAGACGUUGUCCUGAGUGGAAGUUGGGAUGGAUGCAUACGGGUAUGGAAACUCAGUGACGACAAACGAACCCUCCUAUCUCUUGGAUCGGUGGGUAGCACUACCCACAGCAGCGAUAUCCUGAACGGCCAAGCCAGUGGUGACUUGAAUCUGAUUAAUGCUUCGCCCAAUGCUUCUUCUACCGCUGAGAAGAACACGCACACAGUUCAUGGCGUUGUGAAUUCAAUAGCUGUCUUUGAACGCAGGAAAGAGAUUGCGAACGAGUUUGGAGGGAAGAAAGAGGGUGAGUGUCAGGGACUUUGUAUUGUUGCAGGAACUGGCAAGGAGAUGAGGCUCGGGAGAUGGAUGAAGCUCCCUCACGGCAAGAAUGGUGCAGUAGUGUUUGAGGUACCACUGCGGAAGGAUGUCGAGUAA